AUGCGUGCUAUCUUGGCAACGAGUGUUGCCUUCGCAGGUAGUGCUGCCUUCGCACAGAGUGCUGCCUUUGCACAGAGUGCUGCCUUCGCAAGGAGUGCUGCCUUUGCACAGAGUGCUGUCUUUGCACAGAGUGCUUCCUUUGCAAGGAGUGCUUCCUUUGCAAGGAGUGCUUCCUUUGCAAGGAGUGCUGCCUUCGCAAGGAGUGCUGCCUUCGCUAGGAGUGCUGCCUUCGCUAGGAGUGCUGCCUUCGCAGGGAGUGCUGCCUUCGCUAGGAAUGCUGCCUUCGCUAGGAGUGCUGCCUUCGCUAGGAUUGCUGCCUUCACAAGGAGUGCAGCCUUCGUACGGAGUGCUGCCUUUGCACAGAGUGCUGUCUUCGCACAGAGUGCUGCCUUCGCAUGGAAUGCUGCCUUUGCACAGAGUGCUGCCUUCGCAAGGAGUGCUGCCUUCGCAGGGAGUGCUGCCUUCACAAGGGGUGGUGCCUACGCACGUAGUGCUGCCUUCGCACAGAGUGCUGCCUUCGCCUGGAGUGCUGCCUUCGCAAGGGGUGGUGCCUUCGCAAGGAGUGCUGCCUUCGCAGGGAGUGCUGUCUUUGCAAGGAGUGCUGCCUUCGCUGUCUUUGCAAUGUGUGUUGUCUUUGCAAGGCGUGCUCACUUAUCAAGUCGUGCUGUUUCGGCAAAGCGUGCUGUCUUGGCAAGGCGUGCGGUCUUUGAAGGUGUGCUGUCUUUUCAAGGUGAGCUGUCUUUGCAAGCUGUGCUGCUUUCUUAA